AUGUGGCUGCAGCUUGGCCUGCCCUCGCUGUCCCUGAGCCCCACGCCCACAGUUGGCCGGAGUCUGUGUCUCACGCUGUGGUUCCUCAGUUUGGUGCUGAGGGCCAGUACACAGGCUCCAGCACCCACAGUCAAUACUCACUUUGGGAAGCUAAGGGGUGCCAGAGUACCAUUGCCCAGUGAGAUCCUGGGUCCUGUGGACCAGUACCUGGGGGUACCCUACGCAGCUCCCCCCAUCGGCGAGAAACGCUUCCUGCCCCCUGAACCACCCCCAUCCUGGUCAGGCAUCCGGAACGCCACACACUUUCCCCCAGUGUGUCCCCAGAACAUCCACACAGCUGUGCCCGAAGUUAUGCUGCCAGUCUGGUUCACUGCCAACUUGGAUAUCGUCGCUACUUACAUCCAGGAGCCCAAUGAAGACUGCCUCUACUUGAAUGUCUAUGUGCCCACGGAAGAUGUAAAGCGGAUUUCCAAGGAAUGCGCCCGAAAGCCCAACAAGAAAAUUUGUAGGAAAGGAGGAUCCGGCGCUAAGAAACAGGGCGAGGACUUAGCGGAUAAUGACGGGGAUGAAGAUGAAGACAUCCGCGACAGUGGUGCUAAGCCUGUCAUGGUCUACAUCCACGGAGGUUCUUACAUGGAAGGGACAGGCAACAUGAUUGAUGGCAGUGUUCUCGCAAGUUAUGGCAACGUCAUCGUCAUCACCCUCAACUAUCGAGUUGGGGUGCUAGGUUUCCUGAGCACCGGGGAUCAGGCUGCCAAGGGCAACUAUGGGCUCCUUGACCAAAUCCAGGCCCUCCGCUGGGUGAGUGAGAAUAUUGCCUUCUUUGGAGGAGAUCCCCGUCGAAUCACGGUCUUUGGCUCGGGCAUCGGUGCAUCCUGUGUCAGCCUCCUCACACUGUCUCAUCAUUCUGAGGGGCUUUUCCAGAGGGCCAUCAUCCAAAGUGGCUCUGCUCUAUCUAGCUGGGCUGUGAACUACCAACCAGUGAAGUACACCAGUUUGCUGGCAGACAAAGUGGGCUGUAAUGUGCUGGACACCGUGGAUAUGGUGGAUUGUCUUCGACAAAAGAGCGCCAAGGAGCUGGUAGAACAGGACAUUCAGCCAGCCCGCUACCAUGUGGCUUUUGGCCCUGUGAUUGAUGGUGAUGUCAUUCCUGAUGACCCUGAGAUCCUUAUGGAACAGGGAGAGUUCCUCAACUAUGAUAUCAUGCUAGGUGUCAACCAGGGUGAGGGUCUCAAGUUUGUAGAAGGGGUGGUAGACCCUGAGGAUGGUGUCUCUGGCACUGACUUUGACUACUCUGUCUCCAAUUUUGUGGACAAUCUGUAUGGCUACCCUGAGGGUAAGGACACCUUGCGGGAGACCAUCAAGUUUAUGUACACAGACUGGGCAGAUCGUGACAACCCUGAGACCCGCCGUAAAACCCUGGUGGCGCUCUUCACUGACCACCAGUGGGUGGAACCUUCAGUGGUGACGGCUGAUCUGCAUGCCCGAUAUGGCUCACCUACCUACUUUUACGCCUUCUACCAUCACUGCCAGAGCCUCAUGAAGCCCGCGUGGUCAGAUGCAGCUCAUGGGGAUGAAGUGCCCUAUGUUUUUGGUGUCCCUAUGGUAGGUCCCACUGACCUUUUCCCCUGCAACUUCUCCAAGAAUGAUGUUAUGCUCAGCGCUGUUGUUAUGACCUAUUGGACCAACUUUGCCAAGACGGGGGAUCCCAACAAGCCGGUACCCCAGGAUACCAAGUUCAUUCACACCAAGGCCAACCGCUUUGAGGAAGUGGCCUGGUCCAAAUACAAUCCCCGGGACCAGCUCUACCUUCACAUCGGGCUGAAACCAAGGGUUCGUGAUCAUUACCGAGCCACCAAGGUAGCCUUUUGGAAACACCUGGUGCCCCACCUGUACAACCUGCAUGACAUGUUCCACUAUACAUCCACGACCACCAAAGUGCCGCCCCCGGACACCACCCACAGCUCCCACAUCACUCGCAGGCCCAAUGGCAAGACCUGGAGCACCAAGCGGCCAGCCAUCUCACCCGCCUACAGCAAUGAGAAUGCCCCUGGGUCCUGGAAUGGGGACCAGGAUGCAGGGCCACUCCUGGUCGAAAACCCUCGAGACUACUCCACUGAACUAAGUGUCACCAUUGCCGUGGGGGCCUCCCUCCUGUUUCUCAAUGUGUUGGCCUUUGCUGCCCUUUAUUACCGUAAGGACAAAAGGCGCCAGGAGCCCCUGAGGCAGCCUAGUCCCCAGAGGGGAACUGGUGCCCCUGAAUUGGGAACUGCUCCAGAGGAGGAGCUGGCAGCAUUACAGUUGGGGCCCACUCACCACGAAUGUGAGGCUGGCCCACCCCACGACACACUGCGCCUCACAGCAUUGCCCGACUAUACCCUGACCCUGCGGCGGUCCCCUGAUGACAUCCCACUCAUGACCCCCAACACCAUUACUAUGAUUCCCAAUUCCCUGGUUGGGCUGCAGACCUUGCACCCCUAUAACACCUUUGCCGCGGGGUUCAACAGUACCGGGCUGCCCCAUUCACACUCCACUACCCGUGUAUAG